AUGGCCAGCUCCAAAUUGUUAAGUCCUAAGAAACCACUUUCUUUGCUCCUCAUUUGCACGGUGCUGACUGCAGCACUUCGGACGGAGGCAUUACUCUCUUGUGACACUGUGUGCAGUAGCCUCCAGCCAUGCAUUGGUAACGUACUUGGUGGCGGAACUCUACCACCAGAGUGGUGCAGUGGGCUUAAACCUCUCAUUUCUAUCGCCAAGACUAGACCGGACCGCCAAAGCUUUUGUUUGUGCGCCACGGGUGCUGCUUCUAGUGCCACACCCGAAGAACUUGGCCGCACCAACGGUCUGGCGGGACGAUGCCACGCGCGUGUUCCUUUCAAGAUUAGCCCAGAUAUGGACUGUUCAAAGGUCAAAUAA